CGCUGGCCCGCCCCGUCCAAGUCGGGAGCCAUGAACGACCAGUACCACCGGGCGGCCCGGGACGGCUACCUGGAGCUCCUCAAGGAGGCCACCCGGAAGGAGCUGAACGCCCCCGACGAGGAUGGCAUGACCCCCACGCUCUGGGCAGCNNCCCACGGAAGGCUCCCCUCCCUCCGUUUGGAAUAGUCUAGGGGGGGCGACCCGGACAAGUGUGACAUCUGGGGCAACACGCCCCUGCACCUGGCCGCUUCCAAUGGCCACCUGCACUGCCUGUCCUUCCUGGUGUCCUUCGGGGCCAACAUCUGGUGCCUGGACAACGACUACCACACCCCGCUGGACAUGGCCGCCAUGAAGGGCCACAUGGAGUGCGUGCGCUACCUGGACUCCAUCGCGGCCAAGCAGAGCGGCCUCAACCCCAAGCUGGUGGGCAAGCUGAAGGACAAGGCCUUCCGCGAGGCGGAGCGGCGCAUCCGCGAGUGCGCCAAGAUGCAGCGCAAGCACCACGAGCGCAUGGAGCGGCGCUACCGGCGGGAGCUGGCCGAGCGCUCCGACACGCUCAGCUUCUCCAGCCUCACGUCCAGCACCCUGAGCCGCCGGCUGCAGCACCUGGCGCUGGGCAGCCACCUGCCCUAUUCGCAGGCCACCCUGCAUGGCACCAACAGGGGCAAGACCAAGAUCCAGCGGAAGCUGGAGCGGCGCAAGCAGGGCGGCGAGGGCACCUUCAAGGUCUCCGAGGACGGCCGCAAGAGCGUGCGCUCGCUCUCGGGCCUGCAGCUGGGCAGCGACGUGAUGUUCGUGCGCCAGGGCAACUACGCCAACCCCAAGGAGUGGGGGCGCUCCCCGCUCCGGGACAUGUUCCUCUCAGACGAGGACAGCGUCUCCCGUGCCACGCUGGCGGCCGAGCCUGCCCACUCGGAGGUCAGCACCGACUCCGGCCACGACUCCUUGUUUACCCGCCCGGGCCUGGGCACCAUGGUGUUCCGCAGGAACUACCUGAGCAGCGGGCUGCAGGGGCUGGGCCGGGAGGACGCGGCGCUGGACGGCGCGGGCACGCCGCGGGGCCGGCUGCAGAGCUCCCCCAGCCUGGACGACGACAGCCUGGGCCGUGCCAACAGCCUGCAGGAGCGCAGCUGCGGGGAGGAGCUGCCCUGGGACGAGCUGGACUUGGGCCUCGAUGAGGACCUGGAGCCCGAGACGAGCCCGCUGGAGACCUUCCUGGCCUCCCUGCACAUGGAGGACUUCGCCUCCCUCCUGCGGCAGGAGAAGAUCGACCUGGAAGCCCUGAUGCUGUGCUCAGACCUCGACCUCCGCAGCAUCAGCGUCCCCCUGGGGUCCCGCAAGAAGAUCCUGGGGGCCGUGCGGAGGCGGAGGACACGGAGCUAUAACAGGGGCCUUCUCUCCCAGACCAAAGUGAAUUGCAAGUUGCCACAACCCACAGUGGGGCCACGAAGUCUCCACAGUUGCCAGCCCUGCAGCCCCGGCCCCUCCCCAGGGGCAGGGACUCGGAAGCAGAGGGUGAAAAAGCUGAGGCUUACCAAGAGGAGGGUCCAGACCCAGACACAGGCCUCCUCUCCUCACCCUGUGUCUGCCAAGAGGGCCAAUAAGACGUGAGAUUCUGCCUCCCAUGCUUAACCGGUUCAUCAGCCCAGCAACCCCUACUGGCCACCCUGGUCACUGCACCUACCCCUGGAAAGACCGGCCCGUCUGGGCGAAGCAGGUCCAGGGAAGGACAUGGGGACGAAGACUCGAAGACUCGCAAUGACAAGGGAGAGGAUCAGAGCGUCAGCGCGGAGCCAGAGACUAACCCGGAGCAGUGGGGGCGGCGUCUCCGGAGGUCAUGCGGCUGAGGAUGGAAGCCUGGGGCGAAGAGCUGGUGGCUCCAGAAGCCUGGGGACACACAGAGUGAAGGGGAGAAUUUUACACCAGACUCAGCUUGCUCCACUCGUUCCCCUAAAAGCGUAGAUCGAGUUAGGGAGAUUCUUUCUAGAAGGUUAGGAUAACCAAUGAUCCUGAGCCGUCGGGGAUUACAAUCUGACGAUGAUAUGGACACUUUCCCUGGAAGGUGCACGUGGGGCGUGCACACACUCCAGUGCACUUUCAUCCACAACUUCAGGCCGUUCACGGACCCCCAAGAGGCCCAGGGACCCAGGUUAAGAGCCUUAGUCAGCCUGGGGUGGACCGUAUCAUCAGUGGGAUUGCUGAUGGAAGGAGAUGAGGGUGGGGGAGUGAAUCUGAGGCAGAAAGGCCUCCGGGUAUGUGGCUCAAGUCCUCAUUUUACAGACGAGGUUAACUGAGGCCAGAGGGCAAGGGACUGGCUGAAGGUCACAGAGCAGCCAAGUGGACAAAGUAGUACCAGGUUUCCCGAUGCCUUCCAUAGUGCCAGCUGCCGCCUGUGCCCAUGUUAGCCAGUCCUGGACAACGUGACACUCGGGUUUAUGGGAGGCGGCAAGACUCGGGAGGCGGCCAGAUCUGGGCAGCAAAACCAUCUCCGCCCCUUUCUAGCUGUAUGGCCUUGGAUAGGUUACCCCACCUCUUGAGUCUGUUUUCUCAGCUGUAGAAGAGGGAUUAUAAUUUAUUAUCAUAACAGUGUUAAUCCCAUAGGUCAUUACGGGGUGAAAUGAUAAUGGGGGAAAAGCACUUAACACACAGCAGGUAAUAAUGAUCAUGGUUAUGGGUGGCCUGAAACAGACCCAUUGUUCCUGUGGUCCCGGCCCACCCAGGUGAGCCCUAGGCAGUCCCAGGGAGCAGUCUCCUGAGACUGAGCCCCUCCCCCACUAAACACCCGUCCUCAUCUGACCAGCAGGGGGUGAUAACAACCCAGCCUGAGCUGGUGGACAGGAACCUGGGGAUGAGGAGGGCUCAUGGGCAUCAGCCAGGCCUGGGCAUCCCUGUGCCCAUGGCAGAGAGAACUGACAUGCCGGGUGGUCCCCAACUCCCCUUUCAAUGCUCCCCACACCGUCUACACAGCUUGGUCAUACUUCAGAGCUGUGGGAGGAGUCCCCAUGGCCCUGAACCUCAGCCCUACACACACACACACACACACACACACACACACACACGGAAAACAUGGGCAAGGAGGAGCGGGAAACAAGCAGAGCGAGCAUGUGCAGGCCCUUUUCUUGCUGGAAAUGGAAACCACGUUUUACUAUCACUAUCGAUACCAAGGGGCGUCAGAUUUAAGUCAUAUCAAUAUUCAACAAUAAUUACAAUUGCACAGGAACUGCCAUUAGUGGUAACUGUAUCUACCACCACACUUGGCCUUUGUGCUCCAUUGGUAUCCAUUCUACAGAAAUGAUCUUUUCUGGCUGGUGUGGCUCAGUGGUUGAGCGUCAACCUAUGGAGCAGGAGGUCAAGAGUCCAUUCUCAGCCUGGGUUGCUGGCUCAAUCCCCAGGAAGGGGCGUGCAGG